UCCAACGCUAUAAAGCAAGCGCGCUUCCUUUUCUGCCCAUUACAUUUGUCUUUCUUGUCAAGUGACGCGUCUCAGUCUAAAAUGGCCAGAACCAAACAAACCGCCCGUAAAUCCACCGGAGGCAAAGCCCCGAGGAAGCAGCUCGCCACCAAGGCUGCCCGCAAGAGCGCCCCGGCCACCGGCGGCGUCAAGAAGCCUCACCGCUACAGGCCCGGCACCGUGGCCCUGCGCGAGAUCCGCCGCUACCAGAAGUCCACGGAGCUGCUCAUCCGCAAGCUGCCCUUCCAGCGCCUGGUGCGCGAGAUCGCGCAGGACUUCAAGACCGACCUGCGCUUCCAGAGCUCCGCCGUCAUGGCCCUGCAGGAGUCCAGCGAGGCCUACCUGGUCGGUCUCUUCGAGGACACCAACCUGUGCGCCAUCCACGCCAAGAGAGUCACCAUCAUGCCCAAAGACAUCCAGCUGGCCCGGCGUAUCCGCGGGGAGCGAGCUUAGAUCUCGCAACAACAACAACACAACAACAACAACGGCUCUUUUAAGAGCCACACACUUUCACAUCUGAACAACACAAACCUCUCAUACUUAUAUAAAAUGUAGUCAUGUUAAAAUCAUUCCUUCAGUUUCCAUAGACUUCAAUAACUAAUACACACAAUUUAGAUCUGUAAAGUUAGCGCU